CUCGCGCGCCGCACACUUGACUUCGACCUUGGCAGCGGGAGGGAGGGAGGGAGGGAGGAAGGGAGAGAGGGAGAGAGGCAGGUUCCCGUAGCAAUAAUCACGCCGCUCGGGAUCGAGUCUUAAUCUGUGAACCCUGCAAACCUCCGCCCCAUUCCACCACAACACAGCCACAGUAGGCAGGAGGAGAGCUGUGGUGUGGCGUGCUGUGGCGGCCUCCUGCUGUCUUCCAUACCGUUUUCUUUCGUAAUUGCCUGAUUUUUUUUUUUUUUUCGGAAUUGCUUCCCCGCGUGACACAGAGGCGGGGGUGAAAAAUUCGGGGUUUUCAGGUGCGACUGUACGCGUUGAGCCGGAAAGCGAGGCACCACCUGUGUCGCCGGUGUAUAUAAGCUUGUGAAGCCACGGCAGCGCCUCCUCCUCUUCCUCAUCCUCCGCUCUGCCCUCAAACAGCUCCUCUCAUCACCGCCGCCCCGCCAGCACCGCACGUGUAGGCGCGGGGCUCCUACCGGUGCAGCUCCUCCACCGCUUCCCUGACAGCAGCAGUGAAAGGUGUGGCAAGGAAGUGACGUGAGGAAGUGACCCCUGUAAUCGCCGCUAAACCACCCCUACCGCCGCCGCCACCACCACAAGGCCGCGGCUCGCCCUCCCCUGGUGGUUAUUUCUCUAACGGGUGGGCCAGCGCGCCGGUCAGUCCGCCAGUUAACCCUGAGGCAGCAACCCGCCAACCAGGCAGCUGACCGCCACUCAGCAACCCUGCCUGGUAACACUGCGGCCAACACGUCACCAGAGAGCCAGUCCAUCAGUCAGUUCAUCAAGCAGGCGGCCAGGCGGACAGGCGGGCAGUUUAACAGACAGGCGGACAAACAGCUAGCCCGCUACUCAGUGAGGGAGCCCGUCUGUCAGUCAGUCGUCAAGCUGCCACGUGCGUGAGAACUCUCCCUCUCACCUGGCCUGCCUCUCCCACCUGUCCUCGCCGCCAUGAGGACCUUCCUGUCGGUAGUGUGGACGGCGGCGGCGACCUGCAUCCUGGCAGCACCACAUCCACCUCCCUCCACCCUGCUCCACGCCUCCAGGGCCCGCCGCUCCCCUCAGGACUCAGAAGAGGCAAAACACUCUUCCUCAGUCCUUCCGCCGCCAGGAUCGUCCCUUAGCUCCCGUCACAAGGAUGCUACGGGAACCUCCUCCACACAUCCUGCUCAGCUGGCCUCCACGCCCAGCACGUCCCCUAACAAGCAAGAGAGUCGCAGGGCGGUGAUGAUUCGUCCACUCCUACGCUGUCUACCUUCUUCAGGGCUCUACGCUCCCCUCUCCCUGAAAACCCUGAGAAGGACCCUGAAGGACCCGUGAAGGAUGGCGACGUAAGGGAGCCCGCCAAGAGAGCGUCGCUGGGCUAUGGGGCGUGGAACAUCAUCCUGACGGCGCUGGACAGUAGCAAGAAAGGCAACGAGUAUCUACACACCGAGCCAGGAGAUGAUGUGGCUGUGGAUGCUGCCCGGCCUGGUGCAGCAUCCCCUGGGAGUGCCCGCCCCUGGGAUGGAGGGUCUGGAGGGGCUGGAGAAACUGGAGGGUCUUUCUCCUUCUCCUCCUCCUCCUCUGACUCGACAGUGGGCAAAGGACUCCACAACAAGGACUCCACCAGCGCGGGGAAGAACAAAUUUGGACAUGCCGUCGGGGCGUCCAUUAGUGUGAACUUCCCGGAGCCACCAUGGUGCAGGGAGGCGCGUCAGGAGGUGCGGGAGGCGUGCAGGGGGGAGGGGCAAACUGGUCAGCAGCAGGAGGCACGGGAGCGACAGGUCAAGGAGGCGUGUCCGGGGACAGGAACUGGGCAUCAGGGGUAGGGACGUUUGGGGGUAGCGGUGGCGCGGUAGGAAUCGGGAAA